AUGGCUGUCGACUGAAAUCCUUAUUGUUCGACUGUCAAAUGCAGUCAAUUUCGUUAUUUUCGUUAUGACUCAAGAUUAGUGAUUUGUCGUCUCCAAAUGAUAAAGUGUUUACAUAGGAACUCGUACAUGUACAUCAUUUUUCACAAUGAACGGAUUAAGUUUUAGUGAGCUAUGUUGCUUGUUUUGUUGUCCGCCAUGCCCUGGAAAAAUUGCAGCCAAACUAGCUUUUCUGCCUCCUGAACCCACGUAUGCAUUCACACCUGAUGAAACUGGAUCGAAAUUCUCUAUGACUCUCGGUGAAAGAGCAGAAUGGCAAUAUUCAGAACGAGAAAAAGAAAACAUAGAAGGAUUUUAUUCUAGAACUUCUAGGGGAAAUCGAAUUGCAUGUCUCUUUGUUCGAUGUAGUCCCAAUGCUCGCUUUACUAUUUUGUUUUCACAUGGGAAUGCUGUGGAUCUAGGACAAAUGAGUAGCUUUUAUUUAGGUUUAGGUACUAGAAUAAACUGCAACAUAUUUAGUUAUGACUACUCUGGAUAUGGUGUAAGCGGUGGAAAGCCGUCAGAAAAAAACUUGUAUGCUGAUAUUGAUGCCGCCUGGCAGGCUUUACGUACUCGUUAUGGUAUCAGCCCGGAAAAUAUUAUACUAUAUGGGCAGAGUAUUGGUACUGUGCCAACAGUGGAUUUAGCUGCUCGUUAUGAGGUGGGAGCUGUAGUUCUUCAUUCUCCAUUAAUGUCUGGUAUGCGCGUUGCCUUUCCUAACACCAAGAGGACCUGGUUUUUUGAUGCUUUCCCAAGUAUUGACAAGAUUCCAAAAGUAACCUCUCCAGUCCUUGUGAUACAUGGAACAGAAGAUGAGGUGAUUGAUUUUUCUCAUGGUCUUGCAAUUUAUGAGCGCUGCCCUCGUGCUGUGGAACCACUAUGGGUUGAGGGAGCUGGGCAUAAUGAUGUAGAACUUUUUAACCAAUAUUUAGAAAGACUGAAGAGGUUUGUCUCUGUGGAAUUGCUCAACUGACAUAGACUGCCGGCCUCAGGCCAUAAUAUUCAAGGUGAAGACCUAAAUCCCGCUUCAACUCUUAGCUCUGGGACAUCUAGUUCGGCAACAGAAAGACUACUCUAGCUAGCGGGGGCCGGGCCCAGCCGGGCCGGCCCCAUCAAAAAAUCUACUAUUGGUUCUUCGAGCACGC